GCUGCCGCGCAGGGCUCAUUGGCAGCACCGGAGUUCAAUUCGUCACCCGUCCCCCUCAAUGCCACCGUCUCCCUCCGCUCCUAGGCGCACCCUAGUGCCUCCCUGCCCCGGCACCUGGGUGGGUUCCCAGGCUCCUCCCCAGAGCUGACUUCGAGCCCCACGCCCUACAGGCCCACGGCUGCCAUGGCAACCGUACGCCGCCGCCGCCGCCUCUACACGCACGUCGCGAACUAACGGACUCCGCGGCGGCGGCGGCCUAUGCCCCACCCCCACCCCACCUGGACCGCAGCAAAACGGUCGGUCGACCUGCGGCACCUAGGUCUCUGAAAGAUGAAUUUGGCUGAGAUUUGUGACAAUGCAAAGAAAGGAAGAGAAUAUGCACUUCUUGGAAAUUAUGACUCAUCAAUGGUAUAUUACCAGGGGGUGAUACAGCAGAUUCAGAGACAUUGCCAGUCAGUCAGAGACCCAGCUGUCAAAGGCAAAUGGCAGCAGGUUCGGCAGGAAUUAUUGGAAGAAUAUGAACAAGUUAAAAGUAUUGUCAGCACUUUGGAAAGUUUUAAAAUCGACAAGCCCCCAGAUUUCCCUGUGUCCUGUCAAGAUGAACCAUUUAGAGAUCCUGCUGUUUGGCCGCCCCCUGUGCCUGCAGAACACAGAGCUCCACCUCAGAUAAGGCGUCCCAAUCGAGAAGUAAGACCUCUGAGGAAAGAAAUGCCAGGAGGAGGAGCCCGGGGACCUGUAGGCCGAGCACAUCCUAUAUCAAAGAGUGAAAAACCCUCUACAAGUAGGGACAAGGAUUGUAGAGCAAGAGGGAGAGAUGACAAGGGGAGGAAAAAUAUGCAAGACGGUGCAAGUGAUGGUGAAAUUCCAAGAUUUGAUGGUGCUGCAUAUGAUAAGGAUCUGGUGGAAGCCCUUGAGAGAGACAUUGUCUCUAGGAAUCCUAGCAUUCAUUGGGAUGACAUAGCAGAUCUGGAAGAAGCUAAGAAGUUGCUAAGGGAGGCUGUUGUUCUUCCCAUGUGGAUGCCUGACUUUUUCAAAGGGAUUAGAAGGCCAUGGAAGGGCGUGCUGAUGGCCGGGCCCCCAGGCACUGGUAAGACCAUGCUGGCUAAAGCUGUCGCCACUGAGUGUGGCACAACAUUCUUCAACGUCUCGUCUUCCACGCUGACGUCGAAAUACAGAGGGGAAUCUGAGAAGUUAGUUCGUCUGUUGUUUGAAAUGGCUAGGUUUUAUGCCCCCACCACCAUCUUCAUUGAUGAGAUAGAUUCUAUCUGCAGUCGAAGAGGAACCUCUGAUGAGCAUGAGGCAAGUCGCAGGGUCAAGUCUGAGCUACUCAUUCAGAUGGAUGGAGUUGGAGGAGCUUUAGAGAAUGACGAUCCUUCCAAAAUGGUUAUGGUAUUGGCUGCUACUAAUUUCCCAUGGGACAUUGAUGAAGCAUUGCGAAGGAGAUUAGAAAAAAGGAUAUAUAUACCUCUCCCAACAGCAAAAGGAAGAACUGAGCUUCUGAAAAUCAAUCUUCGGGAGGUUGAAUUGGAUCCUGAUAUUCAACUGGAAGAUAUAGCAGAGAAGAUUGAGGGCUAUUCUGGUGCUGAUAUAACUAAUGUUUGCAGGGAUGCCUCUUUAAUGGCAAUGAGACGACGAAUCAAUGGCCUAAGUCCAGAAGAGAUCCGUGCACUUUCUAAAGAGGAACUUCAGAUGCCUGUUACCAAAGGAGACUUUGAAUUGGCUCUUAAGAAAAUUGCUAAGUCUGUGUCUGCUGCAGACUUGGAGAAAUACGAAAAGUGGAUGGUUGAAUUUGGAUCUGCUUGAAUUUCUGUCAGCUCUUUCAUUUCUGGUAUUUUUGUUUAUAAAAUGUGAAGAAAUUCCAGCAAUUUUUUAAAAAAACAGGUUUGGAACUUUACAUUGGAGAGAUUUUCUCUUAAAGAAAAAAUUUAAAACACAAAAGAACAUACAUAUACUUGAGAAGUAAGAAAAGCUUACAUAGAGAGCCUGAUAUCCACAUAUCCAUGCAUUAUAGUUGCACACCCUAACCAGAGUGUUGGGGGCUGAAGAAAGCAACCAGUGUGCUAUUGUAGAAACUUGUUUACAGAAAAUGUAGAGGGAGCUCUGUUUCUCACUAGUGUUCAUUGUUUUUUAGUUUUUUCUAUUCUUUGCUCUGAACUUGAGGGACCUAUAUCUGUUGGCUUUUAACAUCAAAACUGGGUUUGUGUCAGAUCUAUUAUUUGUUGUUAAGAAUUAUGGUUUUGGAUUAAAUAAUGAAUCUGCUAGUUAAACCUUUAGAAUUCACCUACUACUGUUAGAGUCUAUUAUGUAGUUUGAAUUUUCCCUUCCCUUCCCUCACCAUUCCCUCUACUAGCUAUUUAAUCACUUAUUGAGCUUUAUGGGGGAAUAGCCUCAUGCUUUGUGGUUUUUGAAUCCUUUUGCCAAGUGGCUUCUCUGGUUUUCAGUAUUUGUUUUGCUGGCCGUAUUUUACAUUGGAAGGGUGGAAAGAACAUCAUGCUUGCAUAAGAUGCUCUUUUUCAUUCUAGACUUCUGAGUUUGUUUUCACUUUUCUUUCAAUAUGUUCAACAGAUAAACCCUUGAUUUUCCUCAGCUCAAACAUUGUUUUUUGCUGAAUUUGCCUUUCAUAUUCUAAAUAAAUGCUUUGGUAUUCUAAACAAGUCCACUCUCUUGUGGCUAAUGCAAAACAAACAAAGCAAAAUCUUUAUGACUUUCGAGACAGCUUGUUUAUUAACAAAAUAACAUCGUGCAUAAUGAACAACGAACAUUUAAGAAUCAUUCCUUGUCUAGGUUGAGUGCUUGUACGCCCGCUAAGAUUAGGUUAGAAAUAUGAUAUGCCCAUUCUUUUCAGCAGGAAUUAGACCGUAGAAGGAGGCCAGAAAAGGAGAGGCCAUGUAUCUAGUCACAAGUAGAGUAGCCUAGUGUUAAUUUUAAAAAAUUACAUUUAUCCUGUUUUGAUUGGGCAACCUCUGCUUUAAUAGUCAAGCUUAAAAAAAUUUGUGUUUGAUGAUAUCCUGAAUUUUCAAUUUUGGACAAUAACUACUAGUUUAAAACCAGAAAUAACAUAUAGCUUUUUUGACAGUUAAACUCUUAGCAGCUUCCUUAAGAGAUUUCUUCCCCCUACUUAGAACCAUAUACCACAGUAUUCAUCUAAUGCUUUAAAUUACCCCCCUUUCCUCUGAGGCAUAGAUUUAUAAGAGUUAAAAUCAUGAGAUAUCAUGAUUUUAUUUUAAUUGAUUUAGUUCAUCUUAAAAGUUGAAAUGAGAGAACUUUCCUUUUAUUCAUGAACUUUUAAAAUAAAGAAAUAAAUAAUCCCACUAAGAUAAUCUUGCAGACUAUUGCCAUCCAGUAAGUUAUUUUUUUCCCGAAGUCCUAGGGGCAGUCAUUACAACCUUAGUGUUUUGAUUGCCAAAACUUGUUUGCAUAGUUUAGUCCGACCAUUUUGCUAGAUUUCAUGUAUUUGUCUUGGCUUACAUUUCAAUUUUUUUUUGAAUUCUUCAUGCAUAAUAACGUGGUAAUUUUGAUUUUUUAAAAACUAUCAGUUGAGCAGUAUUUGGAGACUCAAGCCUCCUAGGAGCUUAUCUUUACUGUGUUAAGUCAGUCCGGUGUGUUUUUUAUUUCCCUUGUUUCUCACUUUGCUCUGUCAGUGGAUGGUGAAUGCUUUGUGUGUAUUAACCCCUUAAAGGAUCCUGAGGAGAUCCCUGGGGCGUUCUGUCCGACCUUUCCUGCACAUGGUAUGUGCAUUGUCUUUAUUGCAAGGCUGUGUUGCCUUACCCAGAAUGAGAGCAUUUUUGUGUUUUAUUUUAUUUUUUCUGUUGUAUUAUCAAAUUAGAAAGAUUUGGUUCCUUUCAUUCCUCUGAAAACCUGAGUGUUUGGGGUUCUUCAACACAGUGAUGUCGGGACUAAGUUUUCUACACUUCUGUCUCGCAGGUAUCUGAUCAGAUAAUCCUCCAUCUUAGUAGGCUCAUGUUGGUUGCCUGCUGUGUGCCUGUCCCUUGGGUGGGCGCUCUGUGGCCAGAGUUGGACCAGGCAGUGCAGUACCGACUGGGCACUUCCUGUAAUUACACCUUGCAGCUUCUGGCUCCCACGAAUGAAACGAUUUCAGUUUAUAAAUGGAAGGCACAGUAACGUGCGAGUUGCUUUGGAAAGAUAACAUAUAAACGUUUUUCUCUCUUUAAAUUUGCUUUAAAAUUAGAAGUGGUAUCCAUUUGCUUGAACAACAGGACUACUAUAGACCUCGGCUAUUUUCAUGAACAAUUUUUGUCAUUUCCCAAGCUACAUGUUUAUUGUAAACACCUACACAUGCAAUUAUGGCAAACAUGUAAACGUGUUACAUGUUUACUGCAAACAUUUUGCUUGCACAAUUCCUUUACUUUUAAAAGGAAAUGAAUAUUAAUUGAAUGUGCCAGACAAACGGCUCUCUAAUGGAGGCCGAAACCUUCUAGUAAUCCAUGUAGAAAAUAGACGGUGGCGUCACAGACUUUAUCUUCAGUCAGCAGCAGUGUGGGCAUUCCAGAAUGACCAGACACACUUUGGGCUUGGACCUCUACCUCCCAAAAUGCCAAGACAGCUUGGAAGAGGUAACAUGUUGUGGUCUAGCUGCCUAACUGGGGGUUUCGUUUGGGCUCCAGAGACUGCAGUUUUUAUGAUGUGAUAUUUGACUGUCCAAACAUAGGCUGAAAUCACUAAUUACUCAAAAAGUGAGCUAGCAAGUGUCUGGUGAAUCUGCCGUAAAAAAACAUACAUGUACAUCAGGAAAAAUGUGUGUACACAGCCCAGAUUUUCAGUAUAAGUGUCACUCUUUCACUUUGCUACAUGCAGCCUGACUCUUUGUUUGAAUCCCCUCCUUGGAAGUUUCUGUCUACACUGCCGUAUCCAUGAUGAGAAUCACAGACCAGCUGACGCGGUUCUGUUUCACUUUCCUUACCCUAGCAACCUUGAGGCAAAGUGAAGGAUGAGGCAGGUAUUGCUUGGCAUGUGGGCUUUGGCUCCUUCUGUGUUGUCUUGAUUAUUGAAUCUUUUGGCAUAAUAGUAGAUUCCCACUCCUCCUUUUCUCUUGUGAAUGAUAAGUCACCUCAGGGUGUUUCCUGUGUGAUAGGCAUAAAACGUUAAGGAUAAUUGUUGGCCUUUUCCAAGAAAGGGCCACUUUAACCAUAUUUAGAAACAAUAGUAAUCCUUCUUUUAACAUUUGUUUUGUAUCUUCUGUUCCAUAAUGGUUUUGAUUGUGUAGUAGUUUGUACAUACCACUUAAUUUGUGAUGUACAUAAUUUUUUUUUUUUUUUUUUUUUUGCGGUACGCGGGCCUCUCACUGCUGUGGCCUCUCCCGUUGCGGAGCACAGGCUCCGGACGCGCAGGCCCAGCGGCCACGGCUCACGGGCCCAGCCGCUCCGCGGCAUGUGAGAUCUUCCCGGACCGGGGCACGAACCCGUAUCCCCUGCAUAGGCAGGCGGACUCUCAACCACUGCGCCACCAGGGAAGCCCAAUGUACAUAAUAUUUAUGUGAAUCUAAGAAUCUGUCACAAUAGAAAAGGGUAGGAAUUAUAGUUGGAGGGCGUGUUAGGGGAAUACAAAUAUUUAAACCCCAAAAGUUUUAUUCUUAUCUCCGCUAAUUUUUUUUUUUUGCAGAAAAAGCUAAAAACUGUAAUAAUUACUGUGUUUACUUAUUUAUACCUUUAAGUUAGGCUUUUCGUACUUAUUUAUUUGAUUUUUUAGGACGUUUGCUUUUAAUAUUGUAUUCUCUUGUGAAAACUAUAUGAAUAUUUAAAAAUAAAGUCCCUAAGAUAACACAUAUGUUUUUAAACAUUCACAAAUUAACAAUAAUUCUUUGAAUUUUUAUUAGGUUUUUUGGCUCCGGACAACUCUUUAACUUUAGGAAUAUUUCUCAAUUUCCAGAUGACUUGUUAAUAAAAACAGGAAAAAUAUUAAGGUAACGUCAUCAAAUUUAUUCUUUUUAUUUUACCUUUGUUGAUUGAUUUUAUUUUAUAUGUAUAGAAAUAACCUAGAUUCUGCUUUGUCACCAGCAGUGUGUAGGUUUCUGUACAUAUGGAAAUUUGGUAGGGAAUUAAUGUGGAGGUUUUCCUCCUAUGAAAGGACUCCCAUUUUAUUUUAUGUUCAAAAUCAUAAAAUGCACUUUUGUUUUACAACCUCUGAAAUGACUAAAUAUUGCCCUUUGGAAAACCUGAGUCUUUGCACGUGUUAUUUCCAGAGUCUACCUCAGUCAAACAGGCUUAGUUUUAGGUGCGAAUGAAUUGAAACCAUAUUGAAAUUCAGUUCGUCAUCUCUACUAUACCUAUAUGUUCGUCUAAGCGCUUCCUUCUUUCUCCUCUCUCACUCACUUUUUUUUAACACUGAAAUUUCACUUGAAAAUAUUUGUUGUUCUUCGUCUGGGAAAGCCAUAUGUUCCAAGUGAAGCCUCUACAGAAUGUCUGGGUGAGUCUUCCCCUCCUUGUUGGGACAGCUUCAUCACUCGAUGUUCCUCUUGUCAGGGAGUGGUUUCAAACACAACACACCUCCCGUUCUCUCAUAGCUUCAUAAAUACAAACUCAUGUGACAGCAUUAAAAGUCUCGGGACCUAACUGUUCCUGUACAAGGACCUAAGUACUUCAUGGAAACACACCGAGGUGGACACGUGACAUGUCUGUUCACACGGCAGCAGGGCAGCAGGCGUCGCCUUCGGUUAACAUUGUGCGGACACAGUGUCCAGCGAGAUCGCUAUGUGCUGUAAGUGUUUUGUUAAGAUUUUUGUUUCAGUGUCUGUCUCCCAGUAUUUUGAACCUAAUUUAAAGAAAAAGACGUCUCCAAAUUGUAUGUAUUAAAUGUGCUUUUCCUUACAUUUUGUGCGGCUACAUCCCUAGCUUCACGAGCUUAGCUGUGUCUGUGCAUAGGUUGUAGUUUGGUAAUAAAUUUCUAGAGUGUG